GACAGCUUACUAUGACAGCAGGUUAGUUUGACAGGAAACCGGGCAAAACGUAGUUUUUUUGAAGAACUUGUAGAAAAACAACCGUGCAAAGAAAUAAAAGAAAAGAGAAACAUCGAGAGGAAUUACGAAAACAAUCCGGUGUAUUGUGUGUGGGCUGGGAAAUUUCACAACAAAAGGAUAACAGAAAAAGGGUCAUUUAUUAACGACGGUGUACGUAUUAUCCUGGGUGAAAGUACUUCGUUGGUGCAUCCGUAACCGGACGAAUCCGGGCAAAACAUGAUUUUUAAUUAAACGACAUCGCCAACAACACGGAGCACAUUCCGGUAACAUCAGCAUCCUUUUUUGGCCGUUUGUCCGUUAACGGAGGAAAACAUAAUCAAAAGCACACACACCAUACGCCGGUGCUGAAAUGGCCGUUUCAUUUUGUGGCAAACGAUUGUUAUUAACGCGGACAAAUCUGUUUGCAAACCCACGACGUCAUGGGUACAUUGUGCUUGUACCCGAGAUCGGUGAGGAUCUACCGGAGAAAAAUCCACUCUCGAGCUCGCACGGUUUGCCCGAAUUUAACAACGUGACGAUUGAGAAGUGUGUCGGCGCGAUCGGCCAGCAGGCAAUUGCCGCUGAGAAGAGUGUACGUGCGAUAGAGGAGCGGUUAGAGAAGGUAGCGGUGGGUACGCCGGUGCCGGACGUUAUAAAGGACAUUAUUCUACCGCUGGAAGCGACCGGUGCACCGCUGGAAACGACAUGGGGCAUUGCGAAAACGCUUUACCUUGGCAACAGUUCCCGGAUGCCGACCAAAAGUUACCUAACGAUCCACGAACGGGCACGUGGCGCACGUAGGUCAAAGUUUAACAGCGUACCAAUCUAUCGGUCGCUGAAAGGUGCGCUCGAGGAUACACAAUCGAAGAAGGAACUGACAGGUGAAGAAUGCCGGCUGCUGCAGAAGUACGUGCUGGAGGCAAAGCUGAGCGGUAUCGAGGUGGAUGGUUCAUCGAAGUUGGAGCUGAACGAAAUUCUCGAACGACUGUCACAGGAGCGUACACGUUUCGCUAGCAAGCGUGAUAUGGCGGUGAAGAAGUACCAGCAGCUGAUUGAGGAUCCGGCACUGAUGAAAGAGUUCCCACCGACGCUGUUACAAUCGCUCGCCACCGAUCCGAGCCAGGCCAUGAAAGGCCCGUGGAGGAUUACACUGCAACCGGCCGUUGCGGAACGGUUCCUAGAGUAUUGCGGUGAUCGUACGCACCGAUGGAACCUUUGGCAGGCGGACACCCGGAAGUGUUCUAUACACACGGACAAGUCACUGGAGAACAGUACGCAUCUAGAGUCGAUACGCGCGUUACGCAAGCGGCAAGCGAAACUGCUCGGUUACGAAUCGUACGUCCACAUGUCGAUGGAAACCAAAAAGGCCGGUUCGGUAGAGGCGGUUUGUAAUGCGCUUGACGAACUGCACCGGUACGCGAAACCGGCCGCCGAUGGUGAGCUGGGCGUGCUGGAACGAUUCGCUGGGGAGAAUGGAUUCCGUGGCCCGCUCGACAUAUACGAUGUGCCGUACUGGAAGCGACGUCAUCUCGCCACGGUCCACCAGUUCGAUCAGGAAGCGUUGAAGGAUUAUUUCCCGCUGCCGCGCGUUUUAACCGGCCUGUUCCAACUUGCCGAGCAGCUGUUCGGUGUGCGCAUUGUCGAGCGUGUUGGUGUGGAUGUGUGGCAUGAGGAUGUACGGUUUUACGAUGUGUUGGAAACGGGACCGAACGCAUCGGCCGAACCGAUCGCUGGCUUUUAUACGGAUUUUUACUCGCGCGAAGAUGAGAAGCUAGCGGUAGCGGAUAAUGCAGGGUGGAUGGUUGGUAUCGGGAGCCGCAGUGCGGGCACUGCAUCCCGACCGCUUGCCGCUCUUAUCUGUAAUUUCCCAGCGCCGCUGUACGGUAAACCGUCCCUACUAACGCUGGACGAUGUGCAAACACUGUUCAAUCGGUUCGGGAAAGCGUUACAGCAUCUGCUUACCACCUGCCAGUACAGCGAUGUAGCCGGACUGUCGAACGUGGAGUGGGACGCAGUUGAGGUAGGUGGGCAUGUGCUGACACACCUGCUGCACGACUCCGCAACCAUACGGGCCAUCUCGGGCCACUACACCAACGAGGAUCCGCUGCCGGAACCGUGCGUCGAAGCGAUCCAGCGGAGACGUACACAUCUGGCCGGGUAUCGGCUGUGCCGCGAGCUCUACCUGGCCAAUCUCGACCUUCAGCUGCACCUGACCAGCGACUACUGGUUGGAUGUGAUGCGUAAGCUUUACCCACACUUUCACCAGUUUCCGCUCGAUCGGAAGGAUGCGCAUCCGUGUUCGCUGGUACCGAUCGCAUCGGGCGACUGGGGCGCAGCGUACUAUGGCCAUCUAUGGUCACGCAUGAUUGCGGCCGACGUGUACAGCGCCUUUGCCGAGGCAAAGGAACCAUCGGCCCGGCAGGAAGUUGGUCGACGGUUCCGCGACACGUUCCUCGCACUUGGUGGUGGUUGCCAUCCGAGUGAAGUUUUCCGCCGGUUCCGUGGCAGAGAUCCAUCCCCGACGGCACUGCUUCAAACGCUCGGCAUUUAUAAGCCGCAGGCAGUAGGUGGCAGUGGUGGUGGUGGUGGAAGUAGUGCCAGCUCCACUUCCCAUCAAAAAUUAACCGGCAAGGAUGAGCAGUAGUAGCAGGGAGUAUGGAGUGGAUUCCCUUUGAGUCAUUUAUUAAAUAGAAAGGAAAGAUAAGCAAGCGACGAUCCGAGAUAGUUACAAACCCACACAGAGACUUUGUUUUUGGUCGUACAAAUAAUCACACAAACACAGAGGAAAGGAUAGAGAACAGAGUGAAUGAAACAAAUUAUUCGUGAGAGGACAUGCUUGCACUUGAGCAUCCUAGAGUAUAUAAAACAAAUUUUGCGAACCGGCAGUUGUCGUUCGUUGUGUUA